CGGGCCUGGGCGUGCUGGGCCGGAGCUUGCUCGCCGGCGGUCCCACCCCGGACCGACGUCCCUGCCGUCGCGUUUCUAGAGGUGGGCACCAGCCAGUAGCCAGAGACGCAGGACCAAACAGAAAUCAAACAUCUGGUUCCCAGCCUAGCACAUUAUAGGAUCGUGGCAGCCGAACCAAGAGUGACCAGGGCCCUCAAUUCUGCAGCCCAGGCUUUGAGCGAACAACAGAAGUUCUCAGUGAUGACAGAGGAGAAUCUAGACAGUGAAACAAAGAAGGGAGGAAGCCCUUCGGAGCCAGAAUCCGCAUCGAAGCCAGGGGCCUUCCCGGGGCCCCUCCAUCUGCCUGAAUGUGGGCGGGCAGAGAGUGUCCAGAAGGAGACCAGUGUGCCCUGGGGACCAGGCCAGGAAGGGAAGCUGGAAAGAGGCCCCAGGAAUGAGAUGGCGUCUGAGCAGCCGACCCUGCAGGUGGACGAGGCGGCAGAUGUGGUGCAGGACAUCGGGAAGAAAGACAACUGGCGGAGUGCGUGGGUGCAGAAGCCAGUCACCUAUGAGGAUGUGGCAGUAGACUUCACGCAGGAAGAAUGGGAUUGUCUAGAUGCCAGCCAGAGGGCCCUUUACCAGGAUGUGAUGGCAGAAAUCCGUAGGAACCUGGCAUCUGUGGCCAGCAUCUUUCCGACUAAACCAAAUGUGAUCACCGACCCUGAACCAAAAGCGGAAUCGCAGAGAGCUGCUGUCUGUCCCCCGAACGGCAGAGGCCUCGUUGCAGGGGACAAGAAGGAUGAACUUCAAGAGCAAGGACAGAGUCAAAGAGAGGAGGGAAUGAGCGAUGACGUGGUAUCCCUUGCUUGCACAAGCAGAGACCAGAGUCCACCUUCUGCUCCAGCUGGCUCUCCGGACAAGACCCCAGGGUUGCCAGCAUCCCAGGCUGGGUCACCCUUCCCCUGCCUCACCUGCGGCAGAAGUUUCAGCAAGAGCUCUUACCUGCAGAGCCACCAGUUUGUUCACAGCCCCAAGCCCACUAACAGCUGUAGCCAGUGUGGGAAGCUGUUUCGGAACCCCAAGGCCCUCAGCUACCACAGACGCAUGCAUCUUGGGGAGCGGCCCUUCCGCUGCCCGCUGUGCGACAAGACGUACUGUGACGCAUCUGGUCUGAGUCGUCACCGCCGCGUCCACCUGGGCUACCGGCCCCAUUCAUGCCCCGUGUGUGAAAAGAGAUUCAGGGAUCAGUCUGAGCUCAAACGUCACCAAAAGAUACAUCAAAACCAGGAACUGGUAGCUGGGAAUCAGGAGCACCUGGUGAGGACUCUGGACACUGAGGCUAGAUUUCAGGUUCCCAUUGUCAGAAAACAGAGGCCUGUGAAUACAAACCAGGCACCAGAGCCCAGGACCCAGGAACGUGUACUUAGAACCCAGGGUCCUGAGACCGGGAACCAGGUGAUCGCUAGAGGAAAUCAGACAGCAGUUUCUACAGCCCCAGAGCCUACAUGUGGGACCCAGGCAUCUGACACCAGCUCCCCCUACCUGGAUCCCAGACCCAACGCCCUCCCAGCGAAGCCCUCAAAAUUCAAAAUCUUCAUUUGCCCAAAUUGCCCCUUGAAUUUUAACAAGAAAUCACAUCUUUCCAGACACCAGCAGACCCACUUUCCGGAGCAGCCCAGCCGCUGCUUCCACUGUGGCAAGUGUUUCGGCUCAGUUUCUAGACUGGUAGAGCACCAGCAGGUGCACUGGACACAGAAGAUCUACCGGUGCCCCAUCUGUGACGUGUGCUUUGGGGAGAAAGAGGCCCUCCUGGGGCACUGGAAGAACUCUAAGAGCCAGGAACGGUUCCUGGGAAGCUCCCCUCAGUGCUGGGUGGUCCUGAGCCAGUCACUUGGCUUUUCUCAAUCUGCCUCCCCUUUAAUUGUCAAGGACCAGAAGCCUGGAAGAAGCGAAUCUCCUAGAAUACAAACUCACAGGGGUGGGGAGGCGAGGAAGAAGGUGUGCAAAUGAGAUGAGGCCUCAGAGGAGGUAAGGGGCUGGCAACGCACAGAAACAAUGUUUUCUGACUAAGGGUUGACCUUGUCUUUACUGUUCCUGAGAACUGACCUCUGGGGUCGGCUGGGAGAGAGGUGAGCAGGGAACUAAAGCAGUAUCAAAAAGGAAAAGCAGGUGUGCGCGUGGAAACUUGUGUUAUUAAUAAUUAGCACCUAAUUUGUUUCUCCAUGUCUGAGACCAUCAGGUCGUAAUCAUUGAGUGGGACAGUGGAUAAUCUGACAGGUGUGAAGAUGGAGAG